UCCUAAAAAAAAGGAUUAAGAAAAGAGAAGAGAAACGAGAAAUCGAACAUGGAAGGAUCAGAACAAGACCUUGAUAUGUCUGGCACGUCAGUUAACGAAAAUACAAGCUCAUCAGUCAUCAGCAAUGGCUUCUACGUCUCUUUGAACCAUUAACAACUAGCACAGAACUCAAAAAUCAGUAGCACGUUUGCACAGCACUGUGUCUCCACUUUCAUCAUCUUCAUCAUGCACAGGUUUCUUUCAAUUCUCCACGCCAAAACCCAAUCUUUCAAAAACCCAACACACCGUCAGAGAAUUUAUCCUCAUCUCACUUCUUUACUCUCUUCAAAUCCCCUUGCUAAUCCAUCUGGGUCUCCUCCAAACCGCUUGCAUCCUGCAAAUUCAAUCCAAACUCCAAAUGGGUUUUCCUGCUUUCCUCAUUCGAAUGGAAAUUUUACAUUUUUAAGGUUCCAGAAUGGUUUUGAUCGAUUGUUUUCAUCUGGGUAUUUCCCAAUUCGUUUGACGAGAUGCAAUGGGAUUGGGAAAGGGUUUUCGAGGAGUUUCAGCGGUGGAGCGGAUAGAGAGUUUAUCGAGUAUGACGUUGUGAUCGUUGGGGCUGGACCGGCUGGUUUGUCAGCAGCUAUACGCUUGAAGCAAUUGUGCCGUGAAAAAGAUGUUGAUUUGUCAGUUUGUGUUGUUGAGAAAGGAGCAGAAGUUGGUGCUCAUAUCUUAUCUGGGAAUGUUUUUGAACCUCGAGCACUGGAUGAACUUCUUCCUCAAUGGAAACAAGAAGAGGCACCAAUCAACGUCCCUGUUUCUUCUGACAAAUUUUGGUUACUUACAAAGGAUCGUGCAUUUUCACUUCCAUGUCCUUUUGAUAACAAAGGAAACUAUGUUAUAAGUUUAAGUCAGUUGGUGCGUUGGCUUGGAAUGAAAGCCGAAGAAUUGGGAGUUGAGAUAUAUCCUGGGUUUGCAGCUAGUGAGAUAUUAUAUGAUGCAAAUAACAAAGUUAUUGGGAUUGGAACUAAUGAUAUGGGAAUAGCCAAAGAUGGUUCUAAGAAGGAGAAUUUCCAACGUGGUGUAGGAUUAAAAGGAUGUCUUACACUUCUAGCUGAAGGAUGUCGGGGAUCAUUGUCAGAGAAAAUAAUUAGAAGGUACAAAUUGAGAGAAAAGGUGCAGGCACAACAUCAGACUUAUGCUUUAGGAAUUAAAGAGGUUUGGGAAGUAGAUGAGGGCAAGCACAAUCCUGGGGCAGUUCUCCACACAUUAGGUUGGCCCUUGAAUCAUAAGACAUAUGGUGGAUCAUUUUUGUACCACAUGAAAGAUAGACAGAUCUCUAUUGGUCUCGUGGUUGCUUUGAAUUACCAAAAUCCUUUCUUGAAUCCUUAUGAGGAAUUUCAGAAACUUAAACAUCAUCCUGCCAUCAAACCACUUUUGGAAGGUGGGACUGUACUUCAAUAUGGUGCUCGCACUUUAAAUGAAGGAGGGCUUCAGUCUGUUCCAUAUCCAGUUUUCCCGGGAGGAGCAAUUAUUGGAUGCUCGGCUGGUUUUCUAAAUGUACCAAAGAUAAAGGGAACACACACUGCAAUGAAAUCAGGAAUGUUGGCAGCAGAAGCUACAUUUAGUGUACUUCAUGAAGGUUCAAAUAUGGAAACAUACUGGGACAGUUUAAGGAGUUCAUGGGUGUGGAAGGAACUCCAUGGAGCUCGGAACUACCGACCUGCAUUUGAGCAUGGCCUAAUUCCUGGCUUGGCGAUAAGUGCUUUAGAGCAGUAAGAUCU